AUGGGUAGAUAUAAAAUAAAACUACGAAGCAAGAGAUGGCAGGUUCGAAUGUUUUAUCAUUUCCUGGACCUUGUCAUGUCCAAUGCCUGGUUACUGUACAAGAGGGUUUAUAAAACCAAGAAUACGAAUGGACCACUGCUGUCAUCUGCUGACUUUCGUGAAGAGAUUGGUACGGUGCUAUGUAAGAUGGGGAUAAAAGCACACGUACAACGCCGAAGCAUUGAACCAGACAUCCAGGCUAUAAAACGCAAGGGUCCAGCUGUGCCCACCAAGACCAAGGUUAAUAAACCUGGAUCAGUGGUGGUGAAACUAUGUCAGCCGCUUUUAAAUAAAGGAAGAUCAGUGGUGGUGAAGCUAUCAGCCGCUAAGGAAGACAGUGGUGGUGAAACUAUGUCAGCCGCUUUUAAAUGA